CGCGAAGCGGCUUGCAAUGCCUUAGGCUGUUUCCAGGCAACGGGAUUCGGCUCGGAAACAGUGCAUGGGAGUAGAUUGGGAGGUCGGGGAGUUUCAGUGGCGCAAAUGAAGAAGAAGCCUAUUGAGCGGUUUCCAAGGCUCAGUAACUCAGGGGGGGGGGGGACAAAAACGCCCCCAUUGAUGACAUCUCCAUCCAUUGGAGAAUCCAUUCAUCUUAACCACCUCGAGCCGACCUCAACUCUGAUCUGCAUCAAACUUUUCGAAGCCCUCAAUUCCCAGCCUUGCCAAAAAGCUCACCGCACCAAAAAUCUACUCAAACCAUGUCGAUAUCCUAACACUGUGGCUUCACCGCCAACAACCUCAAAAAUCCCACGUACUGUUCUGCAUGCAGACAGGAUGUGUGCACCUAGAAAACUUCCGAUGAGGCGAUGCCUAAGCCAAGCCCUAUCGCCCCCACUCCGCUUCCUGCACAUCAUCGUUUCCUCUUUCCCCCCUCGCCCGUUGCCGUCACGAUGGGCCAAAGAAGGAAAGCACGGUGAGAGGCUCCAUCCGCCUCCCCUCGAUCUGGAGAAAAAGCAUCUGCAUCGCGUGGGCAUCGCAUGCUAGAGCUUAAGCUUAUUCCAACGACCUUGAAUGACCCUAACUGUGUUUAGAAGAGGCGUAUCAAGACUCU